AUGGCACAAGCUGAGGCAGUUGUAGACAUUGGAUCAGCUUCCAACCUGUUGGAGCAGCUUGGUGAAGCUUUCAAUGAAUUGGAAUCUAAUAAGGAUGCUUUUAGCAAAUUUGGGGCUGUAUGUGCAGAAAUAAAAGAACAUAUGCAGAACCUUGAGAAUUCGUUAAUGAAGAGAUUUGAAGAAUUAGAAGAGAGAGAAAGAGCUUUCGAGGAAAAGGCUUCUGCAACUCUAAGACUUAUUGAUGAAAGGGAGGUGGAAGUGGCAGGAAAAGAGCAAACUUCUUUAGAUCAGAUUCAAGAAGUGAGAGAUGCUGCAGUUGAUGCUAUAGCAGAAGCACGCAAGAAAUACAAGGUGGCAUCUCCUGAGCCUGCUGAUAUCACGGGAAGCAGAGAUAUUAAGGUAAGCCCCUCUACCAACGGUGACCAAAAUGCAUCCUUUCCUGUCAAGGAAGAGAAAUCCCCUGAUAAUAGGUCAGGUGGAAUCGUUGAGGCAAUGUCUACAGGAGUUAAACUUCAUCCCAAGUUGAAACUCCUAUGUGAACAAAUGGAUGCUAAAGGCCUUCUGAGAUUUCUCAGUGAGAACAAGAAAAACCUGACUACCCUCUGUGGUCAAAUUCCCAUUGCAUUAAAAAAUGUGGAUGACCUAGGUCGUUUGGUGCUUGAUUCCCUGGAGGUAUUCCAGCCUCCUGACCAACCUGCCCCUGAUGGAAAUCCGAAGGACACCGUCUCUGACACCCUGCGCAGAACUUGUCUCGUAUUGAUGGAAGCUGUAGCCCCCUCGUUAAGGGUGGCUGAGCCAGGUGGUGAUCAACCCCUGAGCUCUGAAACCAAAGAGAAGGCCAAGGCUAUUGCUGAUGAGUGGAACUCAAAGUUGGAUGCUGCAGACAUAGAUGCUGCCAAUGGAAAUUCAUUGGAAGCACAAGCUUUGUUGCAGCUCCUUGCAACGUUUAACAUUGCGCCGGAGUUUGACGAAGACAAACUUUGCAAGCUUAUCCUUGCUGUUUGUGGUCGCAGGCAGGCACCUGAGCUUUGUCGUUCUCUUGGACUUGAACACAAGAUGCCAGGUUGGUUCCCGCAUUGAUUGAUCAUGAGUGAUUUAUUUAUUUUUAAAUCUUCUAACAUGUAGGUCCCCUGCUUAGGACAAUGGCAGUUGUCGAGUGUUUUGUGCAUUGAAUACGUGAUUUUCAUUCGUAAUCAGGUGUUAUUGAAGCCUUGAUCAGCAGUGGUCGACAUAUAGAUGCCGUUCAUCUCAUCUAUGCUUUUCAGCUUACGGGGAGCUUUCCACCGGUGCCUUUGUUGAGGGAAUAUUUAAGCACGAACAGUUCACAGGAAAAAAACGCUCACGACGCAUCAUCUGGUACACUGGUAGGUUUUAAUGCAAUUCAAUGUACAUAUUUAUUAUUUCUUUUGAUUCUUUAUUGGGUCGAAAAUGUCGAGUCUCACAUCAGUGAUUCUGGCAUCUCAGCGUGUAAAUGGUUGAAGAUAAUAUUACUCGCCGCUUACGUAGAAGUAGCCAUUCAUAACUCAUACGUUACAAGCUGCUACGAUUUCUUUAAUGAUGGUUCCAAAUUCAUCAAAAGCAACUAAUCCUUUAUCUCUGUCCCCCUCAUCAAGGAUGCUGAUGCACAAGAGUUAGGCACAUUGCGGGCCGUGAUAAAGUGCAUUGAAGAAUACUGCCUUCAAGCAGAGUACCCGCUGGCCCCCCUCCAGAGACGUGUGGCGGAACUAAAGAAAGCGAAAGCCGACAAUGGGAUUGCCGGGCCAAGUAAAUUUCGCCCGAAGAAGCCUCGAGGGAGCGGCGGAUAUUUCCCCCGGUUCCCUGCUGCCGACUUCCGAGGGAGCAGCCGAUAUUUCCCCCGGUUCCCUGCCGCCGACCCUCGUGGGAGCGGUGGGUAUAGCCCGCGUUUCUCUGCUGUCGAGCCUCGAGGAGGCGGCGGAUACACCCCCCGGUUCCCGGGCAUUGGUGGUGAUUACAGGCAGCCUCAGCCGACAGCGUUUGAGGAGGGAGGAGGGUUCCGUGGUGGUGGCUCAGAAAGGUACCCUUAUUCUGCUCCGCCAUCUUCGUACAACUACCAGAUGCCUACUCAUGCGCCGUAUGAACCUACAUCAUAUGUGCCUUCUUCUGCCUAUGGGUCUGCUUCAUACGGACCCAGCGUCCCUGGGCACGCUUCAUAUGUGCCUGAAGCGAACGUCCAGAGCCAGAAUUACUACCCAGAAGAGACCGCCCCCCCUACGUCAUAUGGCUCGUCAAACUAUGGGAGCCAAUUGACGUCUGGGUCGCAACCUUCUAACCCAUCGCCCUACAUGUAA